GAGAAGCAAGCUGCCACAAACCGGAUCUUGCUGAAGAAGGAGCGAGCAUCGGGCUUCCAGGACAGCCGCCUGGAUGUUGUGGCUCGAUUCAACGGAUCCACGGAGGCUUUGGACCGGCUGGACGACCCCCCAGCUCCACUUCCUGCUCCACCUCCUAUUCCAGCUCCUAUUCCUGAUUCUAUCCCUGAUUCUAUCCCUGCUCCUGACGUUCUUUCCGUUGCUUCAGCUUCAGUCGGGGAUGCCGUCAGUCCGACCGUUAGUCAGCUCAGCGCCAAGUUCGAGAAGACAGAGAAGACAGAGAAGACCGAGAAGACCGAGAAGACAGAGAAGACAGAGAAGACCGAGAAGACCGACCCCCCGCAGAACAAUGUCGCCCAACGUCGGCCAGGUCCUGUUUUACCGCCAAAACCCAAACCACCUCCAGCGAGAGGGGAGGCGACCGGAAGGAAGACGAAGGUGCCACCUCCCAGUAAGGAGAACCAGAAGGAGGCGACAGAAGGAGAAACGAGCACCAAGGCAGCAAAACUACCAGAAUUGGCGGCAGACUGUCUACAAAACAGCUCAACUGAAUUGAUAUCCGGCGAAGACAAGGAAGGGUUUGGACAGUCAGGAGAAAAAAAGCCUACUUGCUCUUCCUCCUCCUCUUCCUCCCCCUCCUCCUCCUCGUCUUCUUCAGAGGUCAAAGGGGAGUUGGAAGUCCAGCCGAUAGCGACUGAAGCUCGGGGUUCGAGUACAAUGACUCCUCCGGGUCAGGAUCCAAAAACUGACGAGCAGGAAGGAUCCAGGCUGGUUCAGGCCGACGUUCAUGCCUCUUUGGAAAAUGGAGAAAAAGAUCCUCCUGGUUCCUCUUCCUCUUCCCCGGAGGAACGAGGAAAGGACUCUGACAGAAGAGGAGAGGAAGAGGAAGAGGAUGAGGAUGGCUCGAGGAAGGAGGAUUACUCCGAGGGGGAUUUGGUGGAUAUCAGUGCGUACAGUGGGAUCGGAGAGGAGGACUCUGGGGGAAGUCAGCUGGACGAUGAGGAGGACGAGGAAGAUGAGGAGGAAGAGGAGGAAGAGGAGGAUUAUCAGAAGGAGAGCAGCUGCUCAGAGAUCCAGGGACUUCCUGAGGAGGAGGAGCCUCCGCCGGCCAAUCGGAAGAUCCAGUUCAGCGUUGGGCCAAUCAAG